UUCUAUUGUAAUUCAUUCAUUUCAAUAAAUUAAAUUCUUAUUUAAAUUAUGUAUGUUUAAAUAUGUAUUUAUAUGUAUUCUUUAAUGCAUUAAUGAAUGAUUAAUUUGAAUAUUAAAAUUAAUAUUCAGACUACAAAUUAUUUCUAAGUUUAAUUUAGUGAGUAAAUUUAUUCAUUAUAUGUUUUAAUAAUUAAAUUAAAAAUGAGAAGUAUUACUCAAAAUAAGCUCAUUGAGCUACAACAUAAACCCAAUUCUAUUCGUAACAUUUGUAUAAUGGCUCAUGUUGAUCAUGGUAAAACUACAUUGGCUGAUUCAUUGGUAGCAAGUAAUGGAGUUAUAUCUCAAAAAAUGAUUGGUAAACUUAGAUAUAUGGAUAGUAGACGUGAUGAGCAACAACGAGGAAUAACUAUGAAAAGUUCCUCAAUAGCAUUAUAUCAUAAUAAACAGGACUAUGAACAUCUUAUUAACGUAAUUGAUAGUCCUGGACAUAUUGAUUUUUUUUCUGAAGUAUCUACUGCAUUAAGGUUAUGUGAUGGAGCCAUUAUUUUAGUUGAUGUAGUAGAAGGUGUUUGUCCACAAACACAAGCCUGUUUAAAACAAAUAUGGUCAGAAAACAUUAAACCAGUUUUAGUAUUAAAUAAAAUAGAUAGAUUGAUCUUGGAGUUAAAUUUAACACCAUUAGAUGCAUAUAUUCAUAUCACUCAAAUACUUGAACAGGUUAACGCUGUAGUUGGGGAGCUUUUUACGAAUGAUGUUUUUGAAAGAGAAACAGAUACAAAAGAAAAUAAAGAAUUUCAGACUGGCGAAGAUUUGUAUAAUGAAUGGAGCACUGCUAUUGAAAUGGCUGACGAUUCUGAUUUGUAUUUCUCACCUCAUCAAGGGAAUGUUUUGUUUGCAUCUGCUGCAGAUGGUUGGGCUUUCAAUAUAGAAAAAUUUGCGAAUAUGUUAUCUACUAAGCUAGGUAUAAGUUUAACAACAUUGAAAAAAACUUUGUGGGGAGAUUAUUAUUUAAAUUUAAAAACUAAAAGAAUAUUGAAAGGAGCUCAGGAAAAAGCCAAAAAACCUUUAUUUGUUCAGAUGAUUAUUGAAAAUAUUUGGCUUGUUUAUGAUAUUAUUAUUAAUCAAAAAGAUAAAAAUCGUCUAAUAAAAAUAGCUGAUAGUAUGAAUGUUACUUUAAAUAGCAGAGAUCUUCGACAAACUGAUACUCGAAUAUUGUUACAAUCUUUUUUAUCACAAUGGAUACCAUUAGCAACAUCUGUUUUAGAUGCAGUUUGUGAAAUUUGCCCAGCGCCAAACAAAUUAACUGAGAAUAAAAUUGAAAAGUUAUUAUGUCCCCCAAUGAAAGAAUUUAGUCUUAUGCCAGAAAAAACUAUAGCUUUGAAAAAAAUUUUUUUACAAUGUUGUCAUGAUAAUGAAUCAGUUCCUGUUGUUGCAUUUAUUUCAAAAAUGUUUCCAAUUAAACGCAAACAUUUACCUCAAAAUAGACCAAAAGUUUUAUCUGCUGAAGAGAUUGCACUACGAAGAGAACAAGCAAGAAUUCGUCAUGCUUUGAGAAACAAUGAAUCUAAAGUCUUGAACUUACAAAUUGAAUCUUCCAAAACCGAAGAGAAUGAUUUGGCAACUGUAAAACCAGUAUUUAAUGAAAAUGAUAUUAUGUUUAUAGCAUUUGGAAGAGUCUACAGUGGAACUAUUCGAGUUGGUCAAGAAAUUUAUGUUUUGGGACCAAAACAUGAUCCUUCAAAAAUUAAAAGCGAAGAUAUUGAAUUUGAUGAAAAAUGCACAUUAUCUACAUUGAAAGCUGAUCAGCAUGUAAUGAAAGUAGUUAUAUCUGAUCUAUAUAUGUUGAUGGGGCGUGAUUUAGAACCUGUAGAAGAAGUUCCAGCUGGUAAUAUAUUUGGUGCUGGUAACUUAGAGCAAUAUAUUUUAAAAAGUGCCACUCUGUCAACAAUUUUAGCUUGUCCUCCAUUUACCGAAAUAAAAGUAAUGGCAACACCAAUAAUGAGAGUUGCUAUAGAACCAAAACAUUCGGCAGAUUUACCAGAAGUUGUUAAAGGAUUAAAACUUCUUAAUCAAGCAGAUGCAUGUGUUCAGGUUAUUAUGCAAGAAACUGGAGAGCAUGUAAUUGUUACUGCAGGAGAAGUCCAUCUUCAAAAGUGCAUUGAAGAUUUACGUGAUAGGUAUGCUAAAGUUGAUGUUAAUGCUUCAGCACCAAUUGUACCAUUCCGAGAAACAAUUGUGCCUCUACCUAAAAUAGACAUGGCUAAUGAAGUUAUUGAUAGUCAAAAAAAUGAUCAAGAUGAAAAUUUGACUGGAUUACUUAAUAUAUAUACAGCUAAUCAUCUUUGCUGCAUUAAGUUACGUGCAGAACCAUUGCCUUUAAAAGUUACUGAAUUUUUAGAAAAAAAUGCUGAUAUUAUUAAAGAGUUAACUGAACGGCCUGCAGAAAAUAUUUGUGAUGCUUUAGAAUGUCUAACAAUCAAAGAAUCAACUUCUAAAAGUAUAAAUUCAGCCUUUGAUAUAUUUCGUUUGCAACUUAAAGAAGCACUUGGAAAUAAUUAUGAUAUCUCACAAGUUUGGGCAUUUGGUCCUAAAAAGUGUGGACCAAAUAUUCUAUUAAAUAAAAUACCAAAAUAUGAAAAAUCUGUGUGGAAUCAAAAAACUAUUUUAGAUGAUGUGUUGACCAAAUAUGAAAAUAGUUUUGUUAAUGGUUUUCAAAUAGCAACAGUAGCAGGGCCGUUAUGUGAAGAACCAAUGAUGGGUGUUUGCUUUGUAGUAGAAGAUUGGACUAUUGAUACAACUCAACAAAUUGCCAAUGAUCCAUAUGGACCUAUGUCAGGACAAAUUAUGUCAGCUGUUAAAGAUGGAUGUCGAAAAGCGUUUCAAGCUCAACCACAAAGGCUUAUGGCAGCUAUGUAUACUUGUUCUAUCCAAGCUAAUGUUGAAGUUUUAGGUAAAAUGUAUGCAGUAUUGGGUAGACGUCAUGGACGGGUAAUAAGUGCAGACAUGACACAAGGAUCAGCAUCAAAUUUUAAUAUUACUGCCUUACUACCAGUAGUAGAAAGUUUCUCAUUUUCUCCAGAAAUUCGCAAACAAACAUCUGGAUUAGCUAGUCCACAAUUGGUAUUUAGUCAUUGGGAAAUAAUUGAUAUUGAUCCAUUUUGGGUACCAAAUACUGAAGAAGAAUUAGAGUUAUAUGGAGAAAAAGCUGAUUCUGUUAAUAGAGCUUUAAACUAUAUGAACGCAGUCCGAAAAAGAAAAGGUUUAUCAGUAGAAGAAAAAAUUGUUCAGUUUGCUGAAAAACAGCGAACAUUAUCAAAAAAUAAAUAA